ACGAACAAUUGAUUAGCUCAAGUGUUUUCCAACACUAGCUAGUUAGCUCGAUCGGCUCCACGUAAAUAAAUUUUUGGUCCGCAACUUUUUUGAUUGCUUAUCGCGGAGGCAAAUAAGUGAAUCGUUUAUGGCUGUACACUUUCGAAACGGACGUGGACAUAGCCGCUUUCUAGUCUUGGAGGAUCCGGAGGAGCAAUGGGCAAGGAUCAGCAUUUGCUGGAGGCAUCGCGGGGAGGCGACAUUAAGACGGUGGACAAGCUGCUGGAGCACUCGAGCAAACGCCAUGGCCCGCUGUCCAGCUUUCGACGCAGUCCCAGCAUCAAUUGCCAGGACAUGAAUGGCUACACUUCGCUGCACCACGCCUGCCUAAAUGGCCAUAGUAGCAUCGUGCGGCUCCUCCUUUCACACAACGCUCUAUUGGAUGUUCCCGAUAUCCGUGGCUCCACGCCCCUCUUCCUGGCCGCCUGGGCGGGGCACCAGGACAUCGUGAAGAUGCUGCUCAUGCACACGCCCACGGGGGCCAAUCCCAAUGCCCAGACCAUCGAGAACGAGACGCCGCUGCACUCGGGCGCCCAGCAUGGUCACAAUGCCGUGGUGGCCAUUCUGCUGUCCUACGGCGCCGAUCCCGCCAUACGCAACAAUAGCUUCCAGACGGCCUUGGAUUUGGCCGCCCAGUUUGGCCGCCUGCAGGUGGUGCAGACCCUGCUGCGCGUUUAUCCCGACCUGAUAUUGCCGUACAAGCGGCGGGAGGAGGACGACGACGGCGAGCUGCUGGGCUGCUCGCCCAUCAAGCACAUCUUCACGCACACUUGCCUGCAUCUGGCCAGCCGGAAUGGGCACAAGAAGGUGGUGGAAACGCUGCUGGCGGCGGGCGUCGAUGUCAAUAUACUCACCAAUGCGGGCAGCGCCCUCCACGAGGCCGCUCUCUGUGGCAAAAAGUCCGUGGUGGUCACUCUGCUCAAGGCCGGGAUCUACGUGCACUCCACCGAUGGAAACGGACGCACAGCCUUGGACAUACUCUCCGAUUAUCCGCCACAUGUCACCUACGACAUUGUGGGCGCCAUCAACGAAUUCACCCAAGCGGCGAGGGAAAAGCAGAAGCCAGUUGUCGUGGAAAACGGCACUCAGUCUCUGCCGAAGCGACUGUACGAGAAGAACUCGCAGCGACUGAAGCUGCCGCCCAGGCAGAGGAACUCGCUGGACGUUUUCGCCAAGGCGCCGGAGAACUACCUGCAAAUGAAGCCCAUUGUGCAGCAGAAGUCCUGCGACAACAUGAUCGACAUUCGGUCGGAUGACAGGGAUCUGUGGACUGGCUACAAGCCAGUGUACAAGCAACCCGUCCUGCCCAGCUUUCAAACCGGCAGCGACAUCUCCAACGGAUCAGUUCCUUCGAAAUCGUAUGAGUACAUUAAUCUGCUGAGGAACGGCUCCACCAGCGAUGUGAACUCCGCCAGCACCAGUAGCAACUCUGCGGUGCGUCAACAAAAUGUGGCUACGUAUGUGGAGAUGACGCUGCCUUCGCCUCCGGUUCCCAAACCACGCACUCGAAUAAACGGCGAAUACAACGACUAUGCGAAUCUGGUGCCCAUAGAAGAAGGCAGCUGUGUGCAAGCAGUCGAUAAUAACAAUAACAGUAAUGGUAAUGCCAACAAAUUGCGAAUGGUUCGCCAUUCACCCACACCGGAUUAUCCGCCGCCGACGGUCACAGAGGCGGAGCGCACGAUCUUCAACUUCAUGCAACCGGCUACGCUGCGGAAAAAUAGCCUACUGGAACCGGGGGAAUCCCCGCGGACCACCAACUCGGUGAGUUCCGACCAGGUGGAAGAGUACGUGGCUGAUAGUCCUUUUGCUGGACUGUUUAAGGGUUCCACUCUGAACUUGUCCUCGGAUGUGGUAGAUGGUAAGGGUGCUUUGCCAGGGGAUCGGGAGUUUCUGCGAUCCCCGAGCAUGGUCAGGUCGGCACACGCUGAAAACCACCGACGUAGCCUCUCCAAGCAGAGGUGCUCCGCAUUGGGAGAGGACUUUAGUGCCUCCCGUGAGUGGGCUGCAAUCGAUACCAUUUUUGAGAACAUUGGGAAUGAAGUGUUAACGGUGGAGCAGGAAGCCGAGGAGCUGAUCAACGAGACACCAAGCCUGUCUUUAGAGGAUGCUCGACAAUCCUUGCACAUCCGCGAUCCGGCGGAAUUGUUGCUGGGCAGAAAACAGAGCUCCGCUUCCAAUUGGUGCCACUCGCCAUACACAUUGAUCUAUGGCGAAAUACGAUACUCUCUGUUUUAUCUCGGCUCGACGGUAAUACGCAAGUUGCAGGGAACCCUUUCAACGCGCAAAUCCAUCCAGAAACUAAAGAUCGAUGAGCACUUGAAGUCGGCGGCGAGUGUUAGUGAUUUCAGUUUGCUCGAGAACUGCACCACUUCCACAAAGUAUCUGAAGGCUGCAAACCUCCAGACUCGACUUAAUGUGGACAUUGCGGUUUCCUGCGUCGGCGUCAAGUUUAUAGAUCAGGAGAAAAAGACUGCCAUUUGUUGCCAUGACAUUGAGAACAUCAAUUGCGUUUGCCAGGACUCGGAAGAUAUGCGCUACUUUGCAUACAUAACCAAAGAACAGGACCUCCAUUAUUGCCAUGUCUUUAUGGUGGAUAGCUUGGAGCUGGCCAAGGAAAUCAUUAUGACCCUGGGACAGGCCUUUGAGGUGGCCUAUCAGUUGGCCCUGAGCAGACAGGGCACCCCCUUUAACGAAGAGUGCUAAGCCAUGGAUGUGCCAAAACUGCCACCAGGCGGUGUUUAUUAUUUAUUUCAUUGCAUUUCACAUGUAAAUGUAUUUUUUCAUUUGCUAGUCGUUGAUGCCAUCUCGAUGCUGGCUUUGCGUCACAUAAGGCAGCUCACAUGUUAAGUAUUUCAGAGUUUUUUUAAAUAAAUUUAUAACACUUAA